GUUUCAAUCCAAAGAGAUUACAGGGAUAUUAUAACAAAAUUCGAAAUGCAACCAUUUCCAGAAGAGCUAUCAAGGAAUGGUGUCAGUUUACUAGAGUUUGAAAAUACAAUUAAUGAAAUAAAUAGAUUAUUACAAACAGCAGAAACUAUAGAUUCAAAAAGUAUUUUCGAAGAGUGUAUUGGUUGCUUAACUUUUUUCAGUAUAUUUUUAUUUUAUGACGAUAAAUACAAAAAAUGCAUAAAACGUAUUACAGAAUUUAUAGAACGAGAAAAUCAAUCAUUAUAUAAUCCAAAGGGUAUUACUUGGAUUAACCCUGUAUCAAAUGGGUUUUUAAAAAUAGAUAUUAUAAUU